UUUAAGUGAACUGUCUGAAGUUGUACUUGCUCAGAGGACGACGAUAGCUCCGAACGUUGAAAUGGGAUCGAGGGACGAACUUUUGAAGCCAAUAUGGCACGCGUUCACGGCUCUGGAUGUGGAUCAAAGUGGAAAGGUUUCCAAAUCUCAGUUGAAGGUGCUGUCUCACAACCUGUGUACUGUGAUGAAGAUCGCACAUGACCCUGUGGCCCUGGAAAGUCACUUUAAGGAUGACGACGAGGGGCCUGUGUCCAACCAGGGCUACAUGCCCUAUCUCAGCAGAUUCAUACUGGACAAGGUCCAGAACAACUUUGACCUGCAGGAGUUCAACAAGAUGUGCUGGACUCUGUGUUUCAAGAAGAACAUCACCACCAACCACCUUCUCAUCUCCAACCAUGAUGCCUUCAAGGUGUGGUGCAUCUUCAACUUCCUGUCAGAAGACCGGUACCCUCUGGUCAUCGUCAUUGAAGAAAUUGAAUACUUCUUGCGAAAGCUGACCGAGGCCAUGGUAGGAAGUUGGAACGAGGAGUUGUUUGAGGAAUACAAGCUGGCCCUGACCAAGAAGAACGGCUGUCUGAAUGUGUGGGAGCUGAUUGAGCUGGUGGGCAUGGGUCACUUCAGCAAGGGGAUGACCAGCCAGACCCGUGCCAUGGGCAUCUCCGAGGUCUUCCAGGAGCUCAUACUGGACGUUCUCAAACAGGGCUAUAUGUUGAAGAAAGGCCAUAAAAGGAAGAACUGGACCGAACGUUGGUUUGUGCUUCGACCCAGCAACAUUUCUUACUAUGUGAGCGAGGACAUGGUGGACAAGAAGGGAGACAUUGUAUUGGACCGCAACUGUUGUGUGGAGUCUCUACCAGACAAGGAGGGGAAGAAAUGCCUCUUCAUAAUCAAGUGCUCGACCAAAAGUUUUGAGAUCAGCGCCUCGGACAAGAAGAAGAAGCAGGAGUGGACCCAAGCCAUCCAGACGUGUGUCCAGCUGCUGAGGCUGGGGCUGCCCGCCCCGCACCGCGAGGCCCGCCUCCGGCGCAGGGAGCUCCGUCAGAAGCAGCAGGCGGAGCAGGAGGAGCUGGAGGAGAGGAUGAGGCACCUCCAGACCGCCAACGAGAGCAAACAGAGGCAGCUGGAGUCCAUGAGGAAGACACUGGAGGGCGAGGCGUCCAGAGCUGCCAUGGAGGAGCAGAGAAGGAAGGAGACCCAGGAGCAAUUGCAGGACCGCUACCGAACGGACUUGGAGAGAGAGAAGAUGGUGCGUCAGCAGAUGGAGGAGCAGAUGGCUCAGAAGUCCAGCGAGCUAGAGCAGUACCUGCAGCGGGUGAAGGAGCUGGAGGCCAUGUACGCCCGCCUGGAGGAGGCGCUGGAGGACGAGAGGCAGGCCAGGCUGGACGAGGAGGCCAUGCGCAAACUGCAAGCUCGAUUACUGGAGGAAGAGUCAGCGAAGCGGGCCGAGCUGGAGCAGAUUCACCUGCAGCAGCAGCGGGUCAUGUCCCAGACCCAGGCUGAGAAGCAGGAGCUGGAGAGCGAGCAGCUGGCCAAGGAGCAGGCCCUGCAGGCAGCCAUGCUGCAGCUGGAGAGCCUGGAGAGGGAGAGGCAGGGCGCGCUGGCCCAGUACCAGGAGGUCACUAAGAAACGAGAGCAGGCAGCGAGCAAAACCAGGAGCUGGAAGGACAAGGUGAUCAAGCAUGAAGGCCUGGUCCGUCUCAUCCAACCAGGCAGCAAGGGCCCCCAGCUGAUCACGAACUGGGGCCCAGCCUCCUUCACAGACACGGAGCUGGAACUGAGGAAGAAGUCCUGGCAGGAGAAGAAGACCCAGGAGCCGCAGGAACAGUAGAGUCAUCAGGAGCCCCAUGCAGAGUAGACCACGCCACUCACGCCUGGACCGUUCAUCAUAGGCCUACGUGUUGUAGCAUCUUAAUACUGUACUGACAAGGAUGUUGUUGUGAAUUAACUCACGGGGCCACCGCUUUGACAUUUCCAGUUGUUUGAUUGACUGUUCCCUGGUUCAACAACAAAUGUUCUAAAACAAGCCACAAAGUUGUGUGUGUGU